AUGCGCGCAACAAACCGGAACUCCAACUUAACGUUAACAUCCAAUACACUUCGGUGUAAAAAAGGUGCAUUAGACUUGCUUUAACUUCAUUUGAACAUUUAAUUUAAAUCAAGUAAACGAUAGUGUUUAAAAUAACACAAAAUGCAUUUUACGAAGAGGCCAAGUGUGGUCUGCUUGUUUUUGGUUUUUGUCGUCAGCUGUAUCCUUGUAUCCCAAGGAGAUUGUUCUACUUUAUCUCCGCCACAAAAAUCUUGUAAGGACUUUGGAACGACCUGUGAAAAAUGUCUAGAAAAUGUAUCAUGCCUUUGGUGUCUGACCAAUGGGACAUGUAUGGACUACCCAGUCAAACAUGUCCUCCCUCCUUCCUCGCUCUGUUCGCUGUCUCAGGCACGGUGGGGGGUGUGCUGGGUGAAUUUUGAAGCGCUCAUCAUUGCCAUGGCUGUGGUUGGGGGGACCAUACUACUGAGCAUCAUCGUGUGCUGCUGUUGCUGUUGCUGUAGAACUCGCCCAGCAGGGCCUGACCGAGAUGAAGAGAGGUUCGCCAGAAGACGUGAGGAGAUAAGGCAACGCUCUGAAGACCGGAAGUCAGAAAGAAGGGCAAGACAUGACGACAUCCGCAAGAAGUAUGGUCUUAUCCCGGAUUCUGACCACCCUUACAGCAAGUUUGAAAAUGAGUAAAACAGAAUUAUCGGCAAUUCAUUGCUCUGAAGAAGGUGGGAAGAAGAGAGUAUUUUCCCAGAUGCUUCUCUCAUUCACACGCCACAUGAUUAUGGCAUCUGUAAUUUGCUUGUGACAGCAUAAAUUAUUUGUUUUGGAUAGAGGCAUCUCUGCCCAUAAUCUUGCAAGUUCUUUUCUCAGUAUUUUGUGGAAUUAUAAAAUGAAAUCACUUUUCUUUUCCUAUUUGCACAACAUAAAUAAUUUCUAGCUUGAAUUUAACAUGUGUAAAAAGAAAUGGUCAGACUACAGAGUUUGAGAAGAUGAAAAAUUCAGAAAUGAUUUUUGUAAUUGCUUUUCCUGAGUGUGGCUUAGAAUUGGGAUCCUGAAACUUUGAGACCUUGAAUGAAACAUUGAACCUUUGAAGGCUUGAUUUUUUAAAAGUGUACUGUAAUUAUUCUACUUUCUCUUGUAUAUACAUUAGUGUGAGCUCAUCUGCAUUGAUAUUUUAACAGAUUUCUUAAUAAAUGUGUUUUUUAACAAAUGCACUGUACAUUCGUGUAAUAAAUCUGUAUACAUGUUA